GGUGUCGAGGAGCAAUUGGGUGAAAACGCUUUUCACACGUUUGAUCGAGCAAACCGUGGCCGUGGCGGGCGGCACGGUGGAGCGCCCAGAGGAUGCGGCCUGGGUGGACGUGGGGUGCCCCGCGACCGGUCGUCUAAUCCGUGGAAUGGAGGGG